AUGCCUCGGGGGGGCCACAGAGGCGGCAUAUAUCCCAUUUCAGGCCUCCCCUGGGGCCCCGGGCAGCGCUACCUCAAACGCGGGCUGUACAGACACCAGAGGACCGACGUCUUUGUACCCAGGACUUCCCCACCACCAGAGGAUGUACACCCGAAACGAGGCGCGGUAUCUGCAGCCGGCGCUGCGGUGUACGUACACCCCAGCACUCGAGCACAUCCUCAACUUGCUGGAGCCAGCAGCAGCAGCAGCAGGCUGGAGAUACAGCGGGCUGGGCCGCCCCGAAGUAAGGCCUCCUUCUGCUUCCCCCCAGCAGCAGCAGCAGCAGCAGCAGCAGCAGCAGCAGCAGCAGCAGCAGCAGCUGCCGCUGCACCUGGUGAAGGCCGCGAGGGAAGUCGAGCGCGGGGCCGGCCCUUUUGUGUCUUUGGCGCGUUUGCCUUUUUUGGAGAGGGGGCGAAUUCAGCGCCUUUGGCGAAUAGUGCUGGAAGCAGACACCUGGAGGUACCCUCUUACGGGGGCCUCCUGGGGGCCCCGCGACAGGGGGGCCCCCGAGGCCCCCUGGGUGCCUGUGGGUUCGGGGGCCCCCCAGGGGGCCCCCGGGGGGCCCCCGGGGCCCCCGGGGGGCCCCCCAUAGUUGACGAAAGAGCAGCAGUAGUACAGGAGCUGCCGCUUGCGGAGUGUCUGUACACCCGAAGCAACCACCGGCUGCAGUCCAGAAGACACCCCAUUUGGCAGCACUUGAGAUAUAAGAAGGAUAAAGCCAAAAUCCCUUACCUCCACAGGUCAGCAGCAGCAGCAGCAGCAGCAGCAGCAGAUGCAGCAGCAGCAGCGGAUGCAGCAGCAGCGGCUGCAGCUGCUGCAGCACAUGUAGCAGCAGCGGCAGCACCCGCAGCAGCUCGAGCAGCCGCUGCAGCAGCGCCAGAUGGAGCGGCAGCAACAGCGGCUGUAUCUGCAGCAGCAACUGCAUCUGCAUCAGCAGCUGUAUCUGCAGCAGCAGCUGUAUCUGCAGCAGCAGCUGUAUCUGCAGCAGCAACUGUAUCUGCAGCAGCAGCAGAUCUUUUGAGGGAAGCACCGCCAAGUGGCGCUUUGGAAGAGCUGUCAAUCGAGAUGUGCUGCUGGCUCCAGCAGCAGCAGCAGCAGCAGCAGCAGCAGCAGCAGCAGCAGCAGUGUUGUGUUUGUGUGCAGGAAGCGCCUAGUGAGAGAGAAGAUGCAAGCAGACACAAUUGGAGCCUUCAAUGCAUAACCCAGAAUCUAGCUGCUACUGCUGCUGCUUCUAUUGCUGCUGCUGCUGCACUGCAGCAGCAGCAACCGCAGCGCCACAAAGUGUCCAGCAGCAGCAGCAGCAGCAACAGCGCCACUGCGGCAUCUGCUGCCCCCUUUUUUUUUGCCUAA